AUGCAGCCUACGUCCGAUGGUGCGCAGGAGGCCACCAAUUUGCAAUGGGCAGACCAGUACAUGUUUGGAGAAUUGUCCUUUUCAGCGCAACGAGUCGCGCUCUUCCUACGAGCCAUCAUUAAGAACCCGGACAUUGUCGUCCUAGACGAGGCAUGUAGUGGUAUGGACGACGGCGUCCGGAAUCGCUGUUUACUCUUCCUCGAGCAUGGUGAGGAGAAGGCCCAUUCGAAACGCGAAGACGGUUCUGAGAUUGUGGUCCAAAGCGAGGCAUCGAAGUCGGGCACCGUUAAAGUCGGAGGUCUAAACAACAACCAAGCUCUAAUAUGCAUUAGUCAUAUCGAGAGAGAGGAGAUCCCGGACUGCAUUAGGGAGUGGAUAUGUUUGCCUGAAGCCAAUUCAAAACAACCUGCCAGAUUUGGCAUAUCCGAGGCACCUCUUGGGAGGAGCGACGACAAACAGCUGGAAACAGAUAUGGGGCAUUCACCUUCACCAGCAGGUGACGCGUCGCUCAAGCGCAAACCAGCCCAGAAGCGCACCGCCACUGUAAAGUUACAGAAAAAGAAAAGGCCCUCUCAUGAACCCCAAGGCGAGUUCAAGCAGGAUCUACCGACGAUUCCGGAAGGGCCAUCGCCAAGAAGAAGUUCUCUUCUCAAGAAGAAAUCACCCAAUAGAGACAGCAGCCCCCCGAGUGACCCCAUCAACCCUGAUAACAAUGGCUCACCAAAAGCACUUAAUAGUAUUCGACCGUCGCCUCGCCGAACGUACCAAUCAUCAAUCAGAUCGACACAUUCUCGAGGGUCCUCCAUCCUCGACCCACCUCAUCUCGCGCCGGUAGAUUCUAUAUAUGAGGAAUAUCGAUCGCGAGAUACAAGUCCUCCUCGACCUUGGACUCCAUCUUCGAGGAUGUCCGGAUUCACCGAUUACACACGACCACCACCUUCAAGUAUGCAGUACGAACCAGCAGAUAUUAAUGGUAGUCCCAGGCCGGGAACACCGUCGUCAAGAUAUGGAGGAAGCCCUCGCAGACCACUACCUCGUGCUCCACUGUUUGGAGCUCGAGACUCUCGUUAUACGGCGGAUGAUGCGACUGUAAAUAUUCCUCUGGAUGGUGUCAACGAUGAUGUAUUCGGGCCCGAAGAAUCGGACAUAAGUGGCGCGUAUCCAUACCACGACUCAUAUGCUGGGCAAUCGCAAGUCACCCUUAGUGAGGAAGACUCGCAGGCGCCCCUAGACGAGAAAGUCGAACACUAUGGUUCUGCGCCAGAAGGGAGACAAGAGCGCCGUGGCGUCCGCGCCCCUCUCACAUCAAAAAAGGAGGUGCAGCUAAUUAACGGUGAGCUGAUUCUCGAGUGUAAGAUUCCUACGAUCUUGUACAGCUUUCUGCCUCGCCGCGACCAAGUCGAGUUCACUCACAUGCGAUAUACGGCUGUGACCUGUGAUCCAGACGAUUUCGUGGAAAAGGGAUACAAGUUAAGACAAAAUAUCGGCCGGACAACUCGAGAAACAGAACUUUUCAUCUGUGUUACCAUGUAUAAUGAGAACGAGGUUGACUUUACCCGCACGAUGCACGCCAUCAUGAAAAAUGUAAGCCAUUUCUGCGGCCGCAACAAGUCCCGCACAUGGGGAGAGAAUGGAUGGCAUAAAAUCGUCGUCUGUAUCGUGUCAGAUGGACGAGAAAAGGUUCACCCGAGAACGCUAGAUGCGUUGGCUGCGAUGGGUGUUUAUCAGCACGGCAUCGCCAAGAAUUUCGUAAACCAUAGGGCCGUACAAGCCCACGUGUACGAAUAUACAACACAAGUCUCAUUAGACUCAGACCUCAAGUUUAAAGGUGCUGAAAAGGGGAUCGUACCCUGUCAGAUGAUUUUCUGUCUCAAGGAAAGAAACCAACGGAAGCUCAACUCCCACCGUUGGUUUUUCAACGCCUUUGGGAAAGCCCUGAAUCCCAAUGUUUGCAUCUUGCUCGAUGUUGGAACGAAACCCAGCACAAACUCUCUAUAUCAUCUUUGGAAAGCGUUCGAUACCGAUUCAAACGUCGCGGGCGCCUGUGGCGAGAUCAAAGCGAUGAAGGGAAGGCUUGGGAGCAACCUCCUGAACCCCCUAGUCGCUUCUCAGAAUUUUGAAUACAAGAUGUCUAAUAUUCUGGACAAGCCUCUCGAGUCUGUAUUUGGCUAUAUUACGGUAUUACCCGGUGCACUGAGUGCCUACCGAUACCACGCAUUACAAAACGAUGAGACAGGCCAUGGACCUCUCAGCCAAUACUUCAAGGGAGAGACGUUACACGGCCAGCACGCUGACGAUUUACGGCGAAUAUGCUGCACGGGCGAGACAGAUGUGCCGGAUACUGUUCCGGAGUUUAUCUCUCAGAGACGUCGUUGGCUUAAUGGCGCAUUUUUCGCUGCUGUGUACUCGCUGGUGCACUUUAAGCAAAUAUGGAUGACGGACCACACCAUUGCGCGCAAGGUGCUCCUUCAUAUCGAAUUUGUUUAUCAGUUCAUACAGCUCUUGUUCACUUUCUUCUCCCUUGCGAACUUUUACCUAGCUUUUUACUUCAUCGGUGGUGGGCUUACGGAUCCCGCCAUGGACCCUUUUGGACACAACAUCGCCCUAUACAUCUUCACAGUACUGCGGUACACAUGUGUGCUCUUAAUCAGCAUGCAGUUCAUUAUUUCGCUAGGUAAUCGUCCGCAAGGAGCGAAGAAGCUCUAUCUUGCUAGUAUGAUAAUAUACAGUAUUAUCAUGGUCUAUACCACUUUCGCGACCAUCUUUAUCGUCAUCCACACGGUCAAGGGAGACCAGAUAUCUCUUGGUAACAACACAUUUACGAAUCUAAUCGUGUCGACAGCGUCGACAAUCGGAUUAUAUUUCCUCAUGAGCUUCCUUUACUUGGAUCCUUGGCAUAUGAUUACUAGUUCGGGUCAAUAUUUUGCACUAUUGCCCAGCUACAUCUGCACGCUGCAAGUGUACGCUUUCUGCAACACGCACGACGUUACAUGGGGUACCAAAGGAGAUAACGUCAUGAAGACGGACCUCGGCGGGGCCGUGGGGAAGGGCAGCUUUGUGGAACUGGAGAUGCCGAGCGAGCAGCUGGAUAUCGAUUCGGGCUAUGAUGAGGCGCUCCGCAAUCUUAGAGACCGCGUGGAGGUGCCGACACCACCGAUCUCGGAGGCGCAGAUGCAAGAAGACUACUAUCGGAGUGUACGAACAUACAUGGUUGUUAGCUGGAUGAUGGCUAACUCCAUCCUCGCCAUGGCCGUCAGCGAAGCUUAUGGAUAUAAGGAGGUUGGUGGUAACUUCUACCUGUCGUUUAUCCUAUGGGCAGUCGCGGCGCUGGCGUUGUUCCGAGCCCUGGGUAGCACGACGUUCGCUAUCCUGAACGCAAUCAACAUGGUCGUCGAAGGCCGCGUCCGUCUGAGUCUCAAGGUACCGGAAUGGGUCCCUGAGUGGAUGGGCGGGAUCGGAAGCAAAAUUAGUGAUACGAUGAGCAGCAUUACCAGUAGUGUGCGGUCGUAA